AUGACGAUUUCAAUGGCUCCGGUAGGGUUCUUGGGAAACCGACUGUAUAAUGAACAGAUCUUCGAUCGUCUUAAAAUGGGCGUCCAUGGCGUCGAUCCAAGAUUCCGAUUGGGUGGCACCAAAAGAAAAGUAGAAGCGUUUUCCGAUCUGGGUACCACUGAACUGCCUGUUAAUGAUGAAGAUUACGAUGGUGACGGUGGUCGGAAUCUUUCUAUCUCCUCCUUCCACCACCGUCGUUACUUGCCGGUUUUGGACAAUCCGGUGACCGGUUGGCAGCUUCCAGGAUCGUCGAAUGGCAAGAUGAAAAGAUCAAAAAGCAUGCCGGAAUCUAGUUUCAGUGAUAACAGUUUUGCCGGUAUCCAUCGGAGUAGCAGUACUAAUAGCUUUCCGAAGCUCCGGUUUCGGGACCAUAUCUGGACGUAUACGAAACCGUACCUUGAAGCUGAGGCCAUCAAGGACGCGAUUUCGGAGUACGGGAAUGUUGGGGAUGAUGGGAAUAAGGACGAAAUGCAUCUCGUCCAGCUACUGGUCUCAUGCGCCGAGGCUGUCGCUUGCCGUGACAAAACGCACGCUUCCAAUUUGUUGGCCGAGCUUCGGGCCGACGCACUGGUUUUCGGCUCGUCGUUCCAACGGGUUGCAUCGUGUUUCAUGCAGGGGCUCACAGACCGGCUGGCAAUGGUGCAGCCGCUCGGUGCAGUCGGGCUUGUAGCCCCUGCACGAAAUGUAAACCCGGUUGCGUUUGAAAGAAAGGAUGAGGCGUUCCGACUCGUUUACGAGACGUGCCCGCAUAUCCGAUUCGGUCACUACGUUGCCAACUUAACGAUAUUGGAAGCCUUUGAGGGAGAGAGUUAUGUUCAUGUCGUGGACUUGGGAAUGACACUGGGUCUACGACAUGGACAACAGUGGCGUGCGUUAAUCCAGAGUUUGGCUGGUCGUGCCAACCAGACUCGGACUCCACACCGCCUCAGAAUCACUGCAGUCGGGCCCUGUGUUGGCCAGUUCGUUACCAUCGGUAACGAACUAGAAACCUACGCCGGAGAACACAACAUAAACCUGGAGUUUUCAGCUAUCGAAAGUAGUUUGGAAACCCUAAAACGAGAAGACAUUAAAACCUACAAAAACGAAGUUUUGGUAAUAAACAGCAUUCUCCAACUUCACUGUGUCGUAAAAGAGAGCCGGGGUGCGUUAAACUCGGUUCUACAAAUCGUCCAUGGGCUCAGCCCGAAAGCCGUGGUUCUUGUCGAACAAGAUUCGAAUCACAACGGGCCUUUCUUCCUCGGACGGUUUAUGGAAUCGCUGCAUUACUACUCCGCCAUUUUCGAUGCACUCGAUGCAAUGCUUCCAAAAUACGACACUAAACGUGCGAAAAUCGAACAGUUUUACUUUGCAGAAGAGAUCAAGAACAUCGUGAGCUGCGAAGGGCCGAAUCGAGUCGAGAGGCACGAGCGGGUUGAUCAGUGGCGGAGGCGGAUGAGCCGGGCGGGGUUCCAGGCGGCACCGAUCAAACUGGCGGUUCAGGCGAAACAUUGGCUCGAAAAACUCGAGAUUUGCGAUGGAUAUACGAUUGCAGAAGAGAAAGGUUGCUUGGUUCUUGGCUGGAAAUCGAGACCGAUUGUUGCUGUAUCUUGCUGGAAAUGUUAA